CCUAUCGGCGGGGAUUAGGGUUAGGGCUUUAGGAAGGGGGCCGCCGAGUUCUUGAGCAAUGGCGACGGAAGAGAUGCAGGUGGACGCUCCCCCGGCGGCCGUGGUGCCCGAAUCAGUGCUCAAGAAGCGCAGGCGCGACGAGCAGUGGAGCGUGGAGAGAAAGGAGCGCCUCGCCCUCGCCCAGAAGAAGAACAAGAGCAAUCGCCGGCUCAUUUUCAAGCGCGCCGAGCAGUAUGUCAAGGAGUACCGCGAUCAGGAGCAGGAUCUGAUUCGGCUCAAGAGGGAGGCCAAGCGCAAAGGAGGCUUUUACGUCGAGCCGGAAGCCAAGCUCAUGUUCGUCAUCCGGAUAAGAGGUAUCAACGACAUGCAUCCCAAGACCCGGAAGAUCUUGCAGCUUCUUCGCCUGCGUCAGAUCUUCAAUGGGGUGUUCAUGAAGGUGAACAAGGCAACCAUGAACAUGCUCAAGAGAGUCGAGCCGUACGUGACUUACGGGUAUCCGAAUCUCAAGAGCGUGAGAGAGCUCAUCUACAAGCGUGGCUACGGGAAAGUCAACAAGAAGCGCAUCGCUCUCACCGAUAACUCGAUCAUCGAAGAGAGCCUGGGGAAGUAUGGAAUCAUCUGUAUCGAGGAUCUCAUCCACGAGAUCUACACGGUUGGGCCACACUUCAAGGAGGCGAAUAACUUCUUGUGGCCUUUCAAGCUCAGCGCUCCUCUCGGCGGAUUGAAGAAGAAGAGGAAUCACUACAUCGAGGGAGGAGACGCUGGAAACAGGGAGGUCAAAGUUAACGCUUUGAUCCGCAGGAUGAACUAAAUCGCCCUCUCAACACCCUCUUUUUUGCCUGGUUUUAUGCUGUGUGUUCUUCCAGAGCGAGACUUUUUAAAUGAUCGAGAACAUUCGCAACGAAAA